ACAGUCACAUGGAUGCACAGACACGCAUACGGACUCAGGGCUGGGCCGGGUUGGCCUGCUGGCAUUACUCAUCCCAAUCUCCCACCUGUUGGAGCCUCAUUUGGAAAGUUGGGCAUGUUAAGGACUGAACGACAGGCCUGAUAGAAAAAGCUCCAAGAGUGUCUUGAAGUUUCUGCAGGUAUCUGACAGCAGGGAGGGUGUGGGAACCACAUCGCCGUGGAAAAGAAGUGGAAUUCAAGUUUCACGUCCUGAGCGUGGAGUCUAUCAUGUAGAGGAACCUGAGAAGGGGAAACUCUCUGAAGCCUCUGUAGAUACGCUGACCAUAUAUCUUGUACCAGGUUACAAUGGCAUCUACUGGCCCAAACUCUCAGGAAUCCUCAACCACCGAACCAUGGCUCAUUAUGACUCGCUGGAUGACAAGGACUCUGUGGAUAUUCAUGACAACCCACCUCUCCCUGAAAACGUGGUGAAAGAAGAGGACAACACGGUAUAUUUCAUCUAUGAUGAGGAGGUAGAGGAGGAAGACAAAGAGGAGCCUCCCCCUCCAGAACCAGUCAGACCAGUCAACGACAAGCCUCACAAGUUCAAGGACCACUACUGCAAGAAACCCAAGUUUUGUGACGUCUGUGCGCGCAUGAUUGUUUUGAACAACAAGUUUGCAUUGCGAUGUAAGAACUGCAAAACCAGCAUCCACCACCAGUGCCAGUCGUACGUGGAGUUCCAGAGGUGUUUUGGCAAAAUUCCUCCAGGCUUCAGAAGAGCCUACAGUUCUCCUCUCUACAGCAGUCAGCAGAAUGCUACAGUCUCACAGCUGCUGCCCUUUUCACAGUCAAACCGCACUGACCCCGUGUUUGAGACGCUGCGAGUCGGUGUGAUUAUGGCCAACAAGGAGCGCAAGAAAGGCUCAGAGGACAAGAAGAACACGAUGAUGAUGAUGGAGGAAGAUGAGUCCCAGCCCAAGCAGGAGGAUGAAGGAGGUGAAGGAGCAAACACAGAAGGAGACAAAAGGGGAGACAAAGCUCCUGCUGAUGACAAGAGUAAAAAGCCUCAGGCAGGGAAGAUCGGCGUGUUCAGUCAGUCCCACUACUAUCUGGCUCUGUAUCGCUUCAAGGCCAUAGAAAAGGAUGAUUUGGACGUUCAUGCUGGUGAUCGCAUCACAGUGGUAGAUGACUCCAACGAGGAAUGGUGGAGGGGGAAGAUCAGAGAGAGAACAGGCUUCAUCCCUGCCAACUACAUCAUCCGAGUGCGAGCGGGAGAGAACGUCUUCAAGGUGACUCGCUCCUUCGUUGGCAACAGAGAGAUGGGCCAAAUCACUCUCAAGAAAGACCAGAUUGUGGUGAAGAAGGGUGAGGAGGUGAACGGCUACCUGAAGGUCAGUACAGGACGAAAGCUCGGCUUCUUUCCCUCCAACCUGCUGCAGGAGAUUUAAAGACAAGCAGCAGGGGUUUUUAGAAACAUCUGACCAGGCCCUGUGUCAUUUUUAUCAUCUGCUGUGACACUUUUUUUUCUGAUAAAAGACUUCUGAACAGGACUGAGCACAGGCUACUUUCACAAACUGAUUCAUAACCACACCUUUAAAAAAAAAAAACUCAUGUACCUCUGAUGAGAUUACUGUAGAAUCAGUUUUACUACUUUUAAGUUUCCCUUCACAGAUUGUUCUAACUGCAUGCGCUGAACUACUUUAUCAUGUACUUGUGAGUAAAAUUACGUUUAACAGAAUUGUGUCACCCUGAAAACUUGACCUGGUGAACUGUAAAAUGAUCUUUGUGUAUUUUGCUGUUUUAUACUGAGCACUUCCAUUAGAAACAUGAUGGUGCCUUUUCAGUUAGAUUAUUUUUUUUAAAUAAAUGUAAUAAUAUUAAUAUGCUGCUGUUCCAACAGUUGUUUCUACUAACAAUAUUCGAUAUUCUACUGUAAAUUUUAAAUAAGAGUUUUAACAAUAAUUAUCCCUCGGAGUAUUCCUUUUGCAUUUGUUGCAAAAACAAGCCUGCAAUUUGUUUUUCCAUUAAAAGAAACUACAUUUUUA